UGUUGCCGGAAGUGCUGCGGGAUAUUUCGGGUUCCGCUGGGAUUCGGUUUCGGUUUGACAUGGACGAACUACACCGGCAGAUCCUGACCCGGAACCGGGUCCGGUUAGUCACCUCCCUGCAGGUGGCGGAUCUGUGGGACCCCCUGUUGGAGAAAGGGGUCUUCACCGGAGACAUGAUAGAGGAGAUCCGGAGUGCAGGUACACGAAGGGACCAAGCACGACAGUUAUUGAUUGACCUUGAAACGCGUGGAAGUCAGGCUUUCCCUCUGUUUAUCCAAUGUCUGAAGGAAACGGGUCAGCAUGAGCUUGCACGGCAUAUUUUGGGCAAAAAUGAGCUACCUGAGAUAGCGCCUGCUCCAUUCGUGCCAAAUCCAGACUAUAUACCACAAUAUCCAAACGAUAUACCUUCAAAAAAAGAGAACAUCUGGGACAUUGAGCAGGAUUACCCAAUGAAGUUUGAGCCCUGUGGCUUCUGCCUUAUUGUUAAUAACAUGGAGUUUGAUGAGGGCACUGAGUUAUCGUACAGGAAAGGCUCUGACAUAGACCGCCGGAAGCUGGAAAACAGAUUCCGCUCAUUUCAUUUUGAAGUUCUUGUAAAGAAUAACUUGAAGGGAUCAGAAAUUUACCAAGAACUGCAGGAUUUGGCAGCCAAAGACCACAGUAAGCGUGACUGCUGCCUGGUGGUGAUCCUGUCCCACGGCUGUGAGACACGACACAGGAAGUUUCCUGGUGGUGUUUUUGGGACAGAUGGGAUACGCAUUCCUGUGGAGAAGAUAGUCAGCUACUUCGAUGGCACCAGUUGCCCCACUCUGCGGGGAAAACCCAAACUUUUUUUUAUCCAGGCUUGUGGUGGAGAUCAGAAGGACCGUGGCUUUGAAGUUGACUCGGGAAGUCCGUCCAGCCCCAGUGCUGAGCAAUCCCUACAAUGUGAUGCAACUGCUAUUCGACCUGAAGCAGGAGAUAUGGAUGAAACGGAUGCUGUGGCGAGUCUGCCCACCUUUAGUGAUAUUCUGGUUUCAUACUCCACAUUCCCAGGAUUUGUAUCAUGGAGAGAUAAGGUAAUGGGCACGUGGUAUGUGGAAACAUUGGAUGAAAUUUUGGGGAGUCACGCAGGGACCCUUGACCUGCAGAAUCUGCUUCUGAGGGUUGCCAAUAAAGUUUCAAGUAAAGGAACAUACAAGCAGAGCCCUGGAUACUUUAAUUUCCUGCGAAAGCGUUUUUUCUUUAGAACGUAGUUAAGAUUGCGGUGUGAUUGUUGUAGUGUUGAAUCAUCAGAGCGAGGCUCUGCACUAAUCUGAAAGAGAGCUCCACAUUUUCAGGUCAGAGUGUUUUGCUUUUAAUCCCUUAGUAAAUCUCGCCAGUCCUAUGCUUGCCUAAAACACUGACUGGAUGGUGAGAACGAACUGUGAACUCUCCAAAUGCAAAAUGAUGCAG